AUGACUGUCGACCCUAGCAUUGAGCAGGUUACUCAAAAUGUUGAGCCUAACCAUGCCGAUGCUUCUCGCUCCCACGACCCGAGCAACAACAUGAAACGAACCGAUCCCUUCCAAUUUGGCUCGCGACACCUCGAGAAGGGCGACGACGUCUUCGAGUUCAACGCCUGGGAUCACGUCGAGCCAGACGAUGAAUUCAAGGCCUUCGCCCAAACCCAAUAUGCGAAACAACGAGAGACACGGGUGUCGGAUUUCGACCGCAGACGAUUCAACAAUGAACCUGCCAAGUGGUGGGACUUAUUCUAUAAGAAUAACACAGACAACUUCUUCAAGGACCGCAAAUGGCUGCGCCAAGAGUUCCCCAUUCUCGCGGAGGUGACGCAGAAGGACGCUGGUCCUAAGGUCGUCCUGGAGGUCGGCGCAGGUGCUGGAAACACUGCUUUCCCUUUGCUGGCGAACAACGAAAAUGAACACCUGAAGCUGCAUGCCUGCGAUUUCUCCAAGUAUGCCGUCAAAGUCAUGCGCGAGAGUGAACAAUACAAUGAGAAGUACAUGACUGCCGAUGUCUGGGACGCAGCCCGUGUGCCAAAGGAUGACGAGGAUUCUCUUCCACCCGGUCUGACCGAAGGCUCGGUCGAUGUUGUGAUUCUGAUCUUCAUCUUUUCUGCCUUGGCCCCAGACCAGUGGGACCACGCCAUUCGCAAUAUCUACCGGCUCUUGAAGCCCGGCGGCCGUGUCCUGUUCCGUGACUAUGGCCGCGGCGACCUCGCCCAAGUGCGAUUCAAGAAGGGUCGUUACAUGGCCGAGAACUUUUACAUUCGAGGCGAUGGCACGCGCGUCUAUUUCUUCGAAAAAGACCAGCUUGUUGACAUGUGGGGAACCUGGUCCGCUCAAGGUGGCUUGCAAAUUCCCCUCGGUUAUGAUGCCGAUGGAUCUGCCGAAGAGCCCCAGCCUGCUGAGGAGCAAUCUGAAGAAGCUAAGCAAUUGGCCAAAGACAAUGGAGCCUUUGAGGUGCUUAACAUGGGAGUUGACCGACGAUUGAUUGUCAACCGCGGCACUAAACAGAAGAUGUACCGUUGCUGGAUGCAGGGCAACUUCCAAAAGCGUGGUGGACCCACCACUGAGACUGUUGCCGACGCUACUUCAUGA